CGAACCCGGAGCGCGGAUGCUAUCCGCGCCCUGAAAUGGGGUCAGGGAACGGAAACGAGAAGUGGUACUAACGAGGUCAGGUAGUGCAAGGUAUUUGAGUCCAUGAUUUCAAGGGAACCCCCAAAGCAUUGUUUGUCUUGGCAUUGGAGAUACCUGCCUGUGAGACAAAGGUUUCUAUAAACUAUGAGUGAUACAAGACCUUCACUUGAUAUUAAAGAGUACCCCGAUUGGGAGGUACAGAAAAACCGAAUACUAACCCUGGAAGAAUGGCAAGACAAGUGGGUGACCCGCAAAAUUGGAUUUCAUCAAGAACAAGGAAAUCAGCUAUUGAAGAAAUAUUUGGAUACUUUUCUUAAAGGCGAGAGUGGACUAAGGAUAUUUUUCCCUCUUUGUGGAAAAGCUGUUGAAAUGAAAUGGUUUGCUGACCGGGGACACAGUGUAGUUGGUGUGGAAAUCAGCGAACUUGGAAUACGGGAAUUUUUUAUGGAGCAAAAUCUCUCUUAUUCCGAAGAACCAAUUGCUGAAAUUCCUGGCACCAAAGUAUUUAAGAGUUCUUCUGGGAAUAUUUCAUUGUACUGUUGCAGCAUUUUUGAUCUUCCCAGAGCAAAUAUUGGCAAAUUUGACAGGAUUUGGGAUAGAGGAGCAUUAGUUGCCAUUAAUCCAGGUGAUCGCAAAUGCUAUACGGAUGUCAUGUUGUCCCUACUAAGAAAAGGGUUUCAGUACCUCCUGGCUGUUCUUUCUUAUGAUCCAACCAAACAUGCAGGACCACCAUUUUAUGUUCCAGAUGCUGAAAUUCAAAGGUUGUUUGGUACAAAAUGCAAUAUUCUCUGCCUUGAGAAGGUUGACGCUUUUGAAGAACGACAUAAAACUUGGGGAAUUGACUACAUUUUUGAAAAAUUGUAUCUACUUACAGAAAAGUAGAUGAAAUGUAACUAAAAUCAAGUAACAUGAAUAUGUUUUUGAGCAAUUGAAAAUUAUGCCAUGGGGCUGGGGAUAUAGCUCAGUUGGUAGAGUGCUUUUCUUGCAAGCACAAGGCCCUGGGUUCAAUCCCCAGCACCAAAGAAAAAAAAAAAGAAAGAAAAAAGAAAAUUAUGCUAA